CGUCGGAGGGAGAGGGGCGAGCUUUGCUUUGCGGAGGCCAUUGUGUGAUAAAGAGAGAGAGAGAGAGAAGGAGGAGAGGGAGAGAUAGCUAGAUAGGGAAAGAGAGAAGUGAAGAAAGAGAGAGAGAGGAAGGGGGGAAGAGAGACAGAAAGAGAAGCGAGAAGUAAUUCCCACCGCCUGCCUCUUGUCUCAGAACGCCAUGCCUUCUUCGAUGCUGUUCGGACCUCCCUUCCUCCUCGCCUGCUGUGGCUCCUUCCUCGACCCCGGAGACUGGAGGAGCCCGGGCGAGGGGUAUGGGGUCGUCUCAACCACGUCUAUUCCUCCAACGACCACGGCAGGGACGACUUCGGUUCCCUAUGACUGUCCCUUACUCGACGACCUCGCCCCUCCCCGUGUCCGAGGAUACCGUCAUCGAGAUCAGCGAGGAGAGCAUCAGGAUUUCCAACUACGACCGCCUGUUCACGAGGCGAGACGACGCUGAACCGCGACUCGGCGAUGCGAAGGACGGCCUCGAUGCUCACGCGACCUCACGUCCGGACGCAGCCUCGGAGGAGGGACAGGAGGGAAGCCCUGUCUCUCCUCCGCCAGACAACUCGAAACUCAACGCCCAGGAGGAGGAGGAGGAGGAGGAGGGAGGCCCUGUCUCUCCUCCGCCAGAUAACUCGAAACUCAACGCCCAGGAGGAGGAGGAGGAGGAGGAGGGGGGAAGCCCUGUCUCUCCUCCGCCAGACAACUCGAAACUCAACGCCCAGGAGGAGGAGGAGGAGGAGGAGGAGGGAGGCCCUGUCUCUCCUCCGCCAGAUAACUCGAAACUCAACGCCCAGGAGGAGGAGGAGGAGGAGGAGGAGGAAGCAGCCCCCGCCCCCUCCGCCCCCUCCUCCGCGUCGCGAGGGGGCAGGGCGGGUCCCGACGUGCUGAUCAGGGUGCCCUCGCGAGGCGUCAACGGCUUCGCUCGCUCGAGGAACCUGGUGCAGAUCCACGUCUUCGAGGGCGGCCUCCCCCGGGGGUUCGACCGAGGGCCAGAGCCAGACGCCACGGAGGCGCAGGAGGGCGCGGAGCCUGCGACGGACACCUCGGCGACGCGGGAGGGAGCAGGGAGGAGGAGGCGCUGCCCUGACGUGCGGAGGAAACACUGAGGCGGUGGUGGUUUUGCGGCGCCGGUCAGCAGCCCCGACGGUGUUGGGCGCCUUUGGACUAUAGUUAGUCUUCGGAGAAAGAUUUUAGAAGUUUCUCAGCCAUAGAACUUGCGUAAUUACCACACACACACAUACACACACACACACACACACACACACACACACACACACACACACACACACACACACACACACACACACAUAUAUAUAUAUAUAUAUAUAUAUAUAUAUAUUAUUCUUAAUGUCUAUACAGAACCCUCAUUUAUGAUUUACAUUACCUUACACUUCGCUGCACUUACCUCAUACGAAGCAUGGACAUAUGCAUGCAUGUAAAUCCUGGCUGAUGACUUAUCUAUUUGCUUAUUCAUGAAACGAUUAUAUAACAUGCAAGCACACACACUUAACGAUUCGUAUUUUCCCCUAGAGUCUCGUAUUUUCUGGAGUCUUAAGAGGAAAAUUCUGUUUCUUUUGAGGAAGGAACAGCAUCCAGAAACAUGUCUUGUACGAGUUUUUAGCCAAUAAAAGAACAAGAAAUA